AUGGCGAGCCGUCCGGUAUCGAACCGGCGACGCAAUUAUAAUCAGCGUGCGACGGACUUUACCGAAAGUCAUGACCUGAACGAUGAGUUCCAUGAUGUGCCCGGUCUCGCGUCCAACGCGGGCCACGAAGGGACACACGCCCACUGGGCAGACGAAGAAGAGCCCGCCCCGCGUACGAGCGGCGAGAUGGCCUCGACGAUGGGCCGCCCGAGUGGCGAGUACGAGGAUGCGUUCGAUGAUGCGGAGCCGUACGAGAGCGAGUACGGCGCGCCGUCGGCCGCCGAGCGCUACAGCGAUGCGCCGAGCGCCUACGACCCCGAGAGCGAGUACGGAACGAGCUACGGCGGCGCCGGUGCCGGCGCUGCGCCGUCUUCGCGCCAUGCACCGGCUUCGCGCCAUGCUCCGGGCACGCGCCAGUACACCACCGACUAUGACGAUGAGCCGGCGCAUUACGAACGCGAUGUGAGGAUCGAGCGCCCGCACACCGAGGGUGCCAAUGCUGAGAACUACUACGGCAGCAAGCAAAAAGAGUUGGACUAUGAGUACCGCCCCGAGUACCCCUCGGCCGGCGAGGACGAGGACGUGGGCGGCUUCCCCGCCUUUUUCCAUCACCCUGUUGGGCAGUAUGGCAACUUUAACAUCUUCCAGCGCCUCUAUCUCGAGAUAAGGCAGAUGGCGUCGUUCGGUCUGACUAGUGUUGCGUUGGUUGUUGUGGCGAACCUUGCCUUUAUCUCCUACUUUAACCCCUUCCGCAAGUCGCCGCCCAAGGCACGUACGGACCUCGAGUUUGAGCGCCGCAUCACCGGUGAGCGCCUGAGUGGCCGUGUGGAAUACUAUGCCGAGUACUGGGGCUACAAGUGCGAAGAGUACGAGAUUACGACCCGCGGCGGCUGGAUCCUCAAGGCGCACCGUAUUUCGGACCCCCGCCGCCCUGGCGGCCGAGGCUACCCCGUGAUUGUGCAGCACGGUAUUCUGUGUAACUCGCUCUUUUAUUUUACCAACGAGGAGCGAUCGCUCGGUUUCUGGUUGGUGGACCAAGGCUUUGAUGUGUGGAGCACCAACGUCCGCUCGAACUACAACGCAGGCCACACCCAGUACGGCCGCUGGGACCCUCGUUUUUGGGCGUGGGGUAUGAUGGAGCUGGCCGAGGACCUGGUCGACGUUGUGAACUACAUCCUGCAGCAGACCGGCUACAGCCAGUUGGCGUACAUCGGCCACUCACAGGGCACUGCCUCCAUGUUCCUUGCGCUGAGUAACGGCAAAUACCCCAGUCUGGGCAACAAGCUGAGCUCCUUUUGCGCGCUCGGCCCUGCGGUGUUCCCCGGUCCCUCGCUGCGUCGUUUCCCCUUCCGUGUGAUGCAACUGCUCACGUCGCGCUUUGCCUGGUCGUUUGUCUUUGGUGUCCGCGACUUUUUCCCAGCGAUCGAGCUUGGUCGCCAGGUGGCACCGGCGUACAUCUUUGGUCACUUUGCCUAUGUUAUUUUCGCUUACCUGUUCGAUUUCCACGACCACAACUGGAUCGACCGCCUGAAGCCCAAGAUUUUCCGGUCAACCGGUAUCCAGACGAGUUCCGAGCUGCUUUACUUCUACAUGCGCUCGUUCGUCGGCCGUGGCUGUAUCUUUGACCCGAACGUCCAUACCCCGUGGUUCCCCAAGCAGUUCCCUCCUCUGACGGUUGUCUACGGUACGACCGACUACCUCGUCGUCGGCAAGCCGCUCGUCGAGCGUCUUUUGCGCUACGAGAACAAUGUCGAGAUCGUGCACAUUGUUGAGCUGCAAGGAUUCGAACAUAUGGACAUGGUAUUGGGUGUCGAUGCGUACAAGGUCGUCUUCCCCAAGAUCAAGGAUACCAUUGUGCGCACCAUGGAUCUGGAGGAUAUGCCGGCCAAGGCAGUGAUGUAG